UAAAACUGCAUUGAAGCUAAAAGAACAGCAUAAAACUCAGUCUUCCGCGUGACGUUGAACCGUAGACAUGCUUGAUAAAGUGGCUAUCGUUACUGGUGCAAACAAGGGGAUUGGUUUUGCCAUAGUCAAGGAGCUAUGUAGGCGCGGCGUAAAAACCGUCUACCUAACCGCCCGAGAUGUGAAGCGAGGAACGGACGCGAUAAACAGCCUAAAAAACGAAGGGUUCAACCCGAUAUUCCAUCAACUCGAAGUCACAGAUAAAAAAAGCGUCCAAGCGUUCGCAGAUCACAUAAAAAAGAACCAUAAAGGCAUAGAUAUACUCAUAAACAACGCAGCGGUCAUCAGCGAAUUCAACAUAAAGUACGAGGAUGCGUACAACGUGAUCAAUGUCAAUUUUAAUAGCAUUCUCAUUAUAGAAGAGUAUUUGUUUCCACUGUUAAAUGAUAAUGCGCGUGUGAUUAACGUUUCGAGUGAUUGUGGACAUUUAUCUCAGCUAAAAAAUUCAUUCUGGAUCGAAAAGUUACGUAGCGAAGAUGCGACGUUGGACGAUGUGAAAGGUUUUACUAAUUGGUUCCUGGAUAACGUUAAAAAUGGUACGUUCAAUGCUGAGGACUUUAAUAUUACAAUCUUGUAUCCGUACGUUGUAUCGAAGAUAGCUCUGAGUGCUUAUACGAGAAUUCAACAAAGGAAUGUAAGCAGGGGAAUUUGUAUCAACUCCAUACACCCAGGGUUUGUUGUAACAUCAAUGACGAAGGACACCGGUAUGUUAACACCUGAAGAGGCAAGUGAAGCUCCAGUUUAUUUGGCUUUGGAGGCAGAUGAGAAUGUCAAGGGAAAAUAUAUUUGGUUCGAUAAGACAGAAAAGGAGUGGACAGAUAUUAAUUUGAAGUUUGAUUACGCUGAUCCGGAUAUUGUUAAGGAAUUUCUUAACAGGAUGUCGGCUUGAUUCCUAUGUAGCUGGAGCCUCAUGUAAAAAAAAUAAAUAAAUAAUGGAAAUGAUGUACUUACUUUAUGCGAAUAUUUUUGUA